AAUGGACCAAGAUUUAUUGAGACCUUAAUAUGAAAGUGAAAAGAGAAAGCAUAAAUUAAAGAGAUUGAUUUAAGCUCCAAACUCAUACUUCAUGGAUGUCAAAUGCCCAUAGUGCCAAGCUAAUAACACCGUAUUCUCCCAUGCCAGAGGCAUUAUCACCUGCAUGUAAUGAUUGCCCUUUAUAGUGUUAGUAAAUGCUCAAGUCAAUUGGGAAGAUCAACAGGAGGAAAGUUAUAACUCGUUCUUGGUGCAAAAUACAAAACAAAAAAAUGAUAGU